AGACUCACUUGAAUCUAAGUCUAAUGCAUUGCUCAUGGAGUUGGAUGCAUCACAACUGCAAUCUCCAACUUCAUGUCUACUCCAGCCUAGAAGAAAACAUGCUAUGCAGCUUUGCAGAAACUUCAAGAGAGAAGAUGAAAUAUCGUGCAGCAUGGCAGAUUUUCUUUCUUCUAGUGUUUGUAGGCUAUAUGUUUAUAUGGGUCAUGCUUCCUACAAAAACUUACAAGAGGUCAUGGUCUCUCGAAUUGAAUAAAAGACUCAGCUCCACAUACUUCAGGGAACAAGGGACGAAUCUUGUUUUAUUCAGUUUUCCUCUUAUGCUCACUGCUUUUUUGGGAUGUGUUUAUCUACAUCUCCUUAAGAAGUCGAAUUCUGAGAGUAAGAGUUACUAUGAUUUCCUGAGACGUCCAGCAUUGGUGAUGGCGCCGCUUGGGAUAGUCAACUAUGUGGAGCUUAUAUUUGCCGCCAUGUUUAUAGUACUUAUGAUUUGGUCUCUAGCAAAUUAUAUGUAUGUCAGCAUAAAGUAUCCCUUCAUGAUGAGGCACGGAGUGGCCCAGUGGCAAACUAUCUUCCGUGGCGUAUCCCUGAGGCUUGGCUAUAUUGGAAACACAACUUGGGCCUUUCUAUUUUUCCCUGUGACAAGAGCAUCAUCAGUCUUGCCUCUCCUUGGCCUCACAUCAGAGUCUAGUAUCAAGUAUCACAUCUGGCUUGGCCAUCUUUCAAAUAUUCUUUUUGCUCUCCACAGCAUAGGGUUUGUUAUCUAUUGGUGGGCAAUGUCUCAUGAAAUGAUCCUGAUGCUCGAGUGGAGCAGUACUUAUCUGUCCAAUUUUGCUGGAGUCAUUGCAUUUGUUCUGUCUCUACUGAUUUGGGCGACGAGCUUGGAUCGUGUUAGGCGAAAAAUGUUUGAAGUAUUCUAUUAUGCUCACCAACUCUAUCUUCCCUAUCUCUUCUUCUACAUGCUUCAUGUUGGAGUGGCCUAUCUCUGCAUGAUUCUUCCUGGGAUCUUCCUCUUCCUUAUUGACCGACACUUGCGGUUCCUACAAUCUAGACGGCGCGCUAGGCUGGAUUCGACGCGCCUUUUACCUAAUGGCACCAUGGAACUGACCUUCAGCAAGGAUCCAGGGCUUUCUUAUACUCCCACAAGUAUCUUGUUCGUGCAUGUUCCGAGCAUCUGCAAACUGCAGUGGCAUCCUUUCACAGUGAUGUCAAACAGCAACUUGGAGACGAAUAAGCUAAGCAUCAUGAUCAAGAUUGAGGGAAGUUGGACUCAGAAGCUCUACAAACAGCUUUCUUCGUCUUUGGAUCAUCUUGAAGUGUCUACUGAAGGCCCUUACGGACCUGCUUCAUCUGAUUUUCUAAGCCAUGAGUCUUUGGUGAUGAUAAGCGGAGGAAGUGGCAUCGCUCCUGUCAUCUCCAUCAUACGCGAAUUCAUUUUCAGAAGUACAGAAUCCAACAGAAAGGUUCCAAACAUCCUCCUCAUCGCAGCCUUGAAGCACACAACCGAUCUAACCAUGCUUGAUCUCUUGCUUCCCCUAUCUGGCUCUCUAUUAGACAUUUCAAAGAUUCAGCUGCAGAUAGAAGCUUAUGUUACUCAAGAACACGAAAGGCCUGUCGAGGAAGCCAAGAAUCAAAUUGAGACUAAGGUGUACAAACCAAAUCCAUCAGAUUUACCCAUAUCUGCAGUACUGGGAAAGAACAGCUGGCUGUGGCUUGGUGCGAUAAUCUCAUCCUCCUUUAUCAUGUUUCUACUGCUUCUCGGAUUUGUAACACGUUACCUUAUAUAUCCCGUGGAGAAAAGGGGAGAGAAUUACCAUUACAGCUACAAAAUUUUGUGGGACAUGUUUCUUGUUUGUGCUAGCAUCUUUGUAUCAACUAGUGCCAUUUUCCUCUGGCAAAAGAAAGGUAUAUCUGGAGAAGGGAAGAAUCAGAUUGAAAAUGUUGAUCUGCCAACUCCAACGAGAUCACCCUCUUCUUGGUUGAGCGGUUCAGAUAGAGAACUUGAGAGCCUGCCUCAACAGUCUCUUGUUCAAUCCACAAAUAUACACUAUGGAGCACGACCCGAUCUCAAGAGGAUACUCCUUGGGUGCAAAGGAUCGGACGUUGGAGUUGUAGUUUCCGGGCCUAAAAGCAUGAGACAUGAGGUUGCAAGAACAUGUGCUUCUGCUUCAGCCAAAAACCUCUUUUUCGAGUCCAUCAGCUUCAACUGCAAUAAAUUAAAGAAGAUGCGAUAUCGAUCAGCAUGGCAGUCUUACUUCCUUGUGUUUUUGGUGGGAUAUAUGUUGGUAUGGAUUCUGUUGCCUACAAAGACUUACAAGAAUUCAUGGACUCCCAAAAUGCAGAAAAAGCUCAACUCCACUUACUUCCGUGAACAAGGGGUUAAUCUUCUUUUGCUAAGCUUCCCUCCAAUGCUCGUCGCCGCCCUCGGAUGUGUAUAUCUACAUCUGCACAAGAAAUCCAGUUCCGCGAGUAGCAAAAGGUCUUACCUUUCGAUGAAACGGCCGGCGAUGGUGGCGCCGCCGCUAGGCAUAGUGAACGCGGUCGAGCUGACCUUCGCGGCCAUGUUUGUAUUACUUAUGAUCUGGUCUUUGGCUAACUACUUGUAUGUUAGCUUCGAGCAUCUCCACAUGCACACUCCCGGAGAAAAAGUAUGGCAAGCCAAGUUCCGUAGCGUGUCGCUGAGGCUGGGAUAUAUCGGACACGCGUGCUGGGCUUUCCUCUUCUUUCCUGUGACACGAGGCUCGUCGUUGCUGCCUCUGAUCGGGCUGACCUCCGAUUCCAGCAUCAAGUAUCACAUCUGGCUCGGCCAUCUCUCCUCGUUGCUAUUCACUCUCCACAGCGUGGGAUUCAUCAUAUACUGGUGGACCAUGACCGAUCAAAUGUACCUGAUGCUUGAGUGGAGCAGCACCUACCUCUCUAAUUUCGCCGGAGUGAUUGCCUUCGCGCUGCUGCUGGCCAUUUGGGCGACGAGCUUCGACCGCGUGAGGCGGAAAAUGUUCGAAGUCUUCUACUACACACACCAUCUCUACUCCAUCUAUAUUUUCUUCUACAUGUUCCAUGUUGGAGUCGCCUAUCUCUGCAUGAUCCUCCCCGGAAUCUUCCUCUUCCUCAUCGACCGUUACUUGAGAUUCCUCCAAUCCCGAGGGAGCGCCCGCCUCCAUUCCGCCCGCCUUUUACCCAAUGGAGCAAUGGAACUCACCUUUGCAAAGAAUCCAGAGCUGUCGUAUAACACAACUAGCACGUUGUUCGUUCGUGUCCCGAGCAUAUGCAAACUGCAGUGGCAUCCAUUUACAGUGAUUUCCAACUCCAACAUGGAGAAAGACAAGCUGAGUGUUGCAAUCAAACCUUAUGGAGGUUGGACACAGAAGCUCUACAAACACCUUUCUACACCUUUGGAUCAUCUUCAAGUAUCAACUGAAGGCCCUUAUGAACCUGCAUCAUCUCAUUUUCUAAGCCAUGAGUCUUUGGUGAUGAUAAGUGGAGGAAGCGGCAUCACACCUUUCAUCUCCAUAAUCCGCGAAAUCAUCCACAAAAGUACAUCAGAAUCAGGCACCAAGGUCCCAAGAGUCCUCCUAGUCACAGCCUUCAAGAACACUGCUGAUUUAGCAAUGCUAGAUCUCUUGCUUCCUCUCUCCGAAGCUUCUGUAGACCUCUCCAAACUGGAGUUGCAGAUAGAAGCAUACAUUACUCAGGAGCACGAGAGGCCCAUUGGGGAUGACAAAAACCAAAUAGAGAUAAAACUUUUUAGGCCAAAUCCAUCAGACACUCCAAUAUCUGCAGUGCUAGGGAAGAACAGCUGGCUGUGGCUUGGUGCCAUAAUCUCAUCAUCCUUCCUCAUGUUUCUGCUGCUUCUCGGGCUUGUUACUCGUUACCACAUAUACCCUGUCGAGAAGAGGGGAGAGAAUUACCAUUACAGCUACAAAAUUAUGUGGGACAUGUUUCUUGUUUGUGCAAGCAUCUUUGUAGCAACUAGUGCCAUUUCCAUCUUUCAGAAGAGGAAUGUUUCUGCAGAAGGGAAUCAAAUUAAGAAUAUCGAGCUGCAAACUCCAACCAUGUCACCUUCUUCGUGGUUAACCCCUUCGGAUAGGGAACUGGAGAGCCUGCCUCAGCAGUCUCUUGUCCAAUCCACCAAAGUGCAGUAUGGUGCAAGGCCUGAUCUCAAGAGGAUACUGUUUGAUUGCAAAGGUUCAGAUGUUGGAGUCCUUGUCUGUGGGCCUAAAAGUAUGAGGCAUGAAGUUGCCAGAAUAUGUGCCUCUGGUUUGGCCAAAAACCUGCAUUUUGAGUCCAUGAGCUUCGACUGGUGAUGAAUGUUUUGCUGAUUAAUUAGAACGACCGCCUCCCGAUUUUUAUUUGUUUCUCAGAUUUCUCAUCGCGGUCUUUAGGCCAUGCUUAUUCCUAUUGUUUUGCUUUUCCAUGUAUAUAUAGAUUUUGUCAUGCUGUAAAGUACUGUACAUGCUAUACUUGACAAAUGUAUUUACAAAGUUAUGCUUUGAAAUUUUUUGAUCA